CCUCUCUCGCCGCCGCCUGAUUUCUAUCCUUCUCCUAUUCUCCCUCUUUAGUAUUCUCACGUAGCACCCCGCGGGGCCCGAUGGGUACAGAAGUGCUCCGAUCACACGAUUGCCUGCAAGACCGCCUCCAUCUGGAGGCGUUCAGAUCCCGUCCUCCGCCGCCGAUGAAACCCUCGCGCAAGAAAAACCCACGCUCCACACCCUCCAUCUCUCCUGCAUCUCAGCUGCCGAAUGCCGGCCGGAGUCACCAGCCGCGGCUGGCACGGUUGUCCCCGCCUCCCCAGUCGACGAAGCCCACAAGAUCGAACCCUCAGCGGUCCGGCCGGAAAACAGGGUCUCCGGGAAAGGAGAACGCCGGGGACUCCGAGAUCCGGCCGCGUAGGCCUCUCGUCAUGGAGGAGGUCACGAUCUUGAAGCGCGGGGGUGAUUUGAAGGCUUUCGGACCUCCACCCGUGGACCGGCGGUCGGGCGGCGAGGAAUCGGCCCUCUGUUCCACGAACCGUCUGGGCCCCGACCCGGAGAUCCUCCCGAAGAAGAUUGGCUUCGCCGAUCUGGGGUCGGUGUACGCCGGGCCGGCCUUCUUCGCUUCCCCCGCCCCAAGCUCUUUGCCGUUUCCCACUUUUUUCCUAAAAAAGUCCGCCGGCGAGGCGAUAAAAAGUGAUGAGGCCACGAAGAGCCUUCGAUGCUUGCUUCGGCUCGACGAUCUCCCAUGAUGGUGAGUUGAUCGGCUCUUUUUUAGAUACGCUUCACUGGAUCGAUGGCUUACGGUGACUUGGGAUGGAAAAGUGGGCUUUUGGUCUGUCACGAAACGGAGGACUAUUUGAAGGGGGGCAAAAAAAAAAAAAAAGAUUUGGCAGUGAUGUUUGUUUGAAGGUAGGACACAAGGGCUUCGUGGGGAGAUUGACCAUAGGGUUUUCUCCGCUUCAAAGAUCUUCCUCUAUUUUUUCAAAAGGAAGACGUGGAAUUGGAGAACUGAAGGUCAUGCUAUAAAGCUGUUUGAUGUUUUUCAUGUUCUAGGAAUUUGGGUUGUAAUUAAGUUGUACUUGUAAGAUAUGAUAUGCUUGUAAUUUUAGAUGAUAGUUAGUGAUAUUUGUACGGUGGUUACUAGUAUCUUGAUCUGUUUAAAUGUUACUGGGUUGGGUCGUGUAUCGGA